AUGCGAACAAGCGGCGUGUGCGCAGGGGAGUCCAUUUCCAUCCAGGUAUGCAAUCACAGGAAGAAUAAGGAAGGAGGUUUAAAAGUAGAACUUCUUGCGGAGCUUAAAGCGUGCGCUAGAACAAGGGACCUUGACCGAGGGAGAAAAAUUCACUCUUUAAUCAGUGUGCGUGAAGAAAGAUCCAACGUUUACUUGGCCACUGCCCUCAUCAACAUGUAUGGAAAAUGCGGCAUCCUGGCCGAAGCUCGACGUAUUUUCGAUGGAAUGCCGUCUCACACGGUUGUAUCAUGGACUGCGUUGAUUCUGGGACUUGUAGAGAAUGGCCAGGAGGUGGUGGCCUUGGAAACGUUUUCUCACAUGAUAUCCUCGGGAGCGGUUCUUCCGAAUUCUCGAACCUAUGUAGCAGCAUUGAAGGCUUGUAGCCGUCUGGCAGCGAUGGAAGGCAGCAGUGCAAUGGACGGUAAGGCUGUCAAGAUGCGUACGCCAACUCCGGAAGCUUGGUAG